AUGUCCUCUAUCCAGAACCUCAAAACUUUCGACCCCUUUGAUGAUGCCUGUAAAGGAGAUGACAGUCUCCCGGCCUGCACCGAAGACUGCAUCCACAUAAGAAUCCAGCAGAGGAACGGCAGGAAGACCCUGACCACAGUGCAGGGCAUUGCCGAGUGCUAUGACAAGAAAAAGAUGAUCAAGCAUUUCAAAAAGAGGUUUGCCUGUAACGGGACUGUGAUCGACCACCCGGAGUAUGGAGAGGUUAUCCAGCUGCAGGGUGACCAGCGCAAACACAUCUGCGACAUCCUCGCAGAGUGGGGCCUGGCCAAGGAGGACCAGCCGUCUACAGCCGACACCACACCGCCUAACCCAGUUAUCCUCCCCGAGAAAAACGACUAUUAUCGUAUGUCCACUAUCCAGAACCUCAAAGACUUCGACCCCUUUGAUGAUGCAUGUAAGGGAGAUGACAGUCUCCCGGCCUGCACUGAAGACUGCAUCCACAUAAGAAUCCAGCAGAGGAACGGCAGGAAGACCCUGACCACAGUGCAGGGCAUCUCCGAGCACUAUGACAAGAAAAAGAUGAUCAAGCAUUUCAAAAAGCAAUUUGCUUGCAACGGGACUGUGAUCGAGCACCCGGAGUAUGGGGAGGUGAUCCAGCUGCAGGGUGACCAGCGCAAACACAUCUGCGGGUUCCUUGCAGAAUGGGGCCUAGCCAAGAAGGAGCAGAACAUUCCCAAACGUUUGUGGAGCAAAGAUGUUGUCAGCGGUGGUAACGUGUCCACACGAGGGCGCUGCGUGACCGACGUGAGCGUUCUGUUUAUGAUGCAGCAGGAGGUCUGGGUGUGGCAUCUCGCCCUCCCUCUGCCCGCCAUCGUCCUCAUCUCAGUGGGGGCCUACCUGCUACUGCUGGGGGCUGCUCUUUGGCUCCGCUACUGCCUCAAGGACCGCUGCUCCGUGUCCUGCUCGGACUGUUGCUCUGGAGUCUCUCUCUGUGAAAACUGUUUUAAAAUGGCCGAAGUUUGUGACUGUCGUCCUCCGUCGCUGAGAUCCUGCUUCAGCUACAGCAGUCUGAGCUCCUGCCCCACCCCCUCUUGUUCGGCUCUGGACUGUGCCUGCACCUGUCAGCCUCCAGAGUGUGAGUCCUGCAACUGUCUCUGCUUCGAGAUUCGCAUCAAAUGA